CGACCUUGACCUACAUAGGUGCGCAUGCUUGCUUGGUUGCAAAAUAAAAACAAUCCGACGACGUAACACUAGAGCUGGUUAAAAAGAUCAUCAUGCUGGCCCAGGAAGGUCCUGCUACUGCUACAGAGUCUAGUCCUCCACAGAAGGCAGUACGCCUGGUAGACUCCGUGAGAAAGGCAGCAUGGAUCAUAGGCUCAGCUCUCAUUACUUUUGCUGCUUUUAGGAAUUCUGUGACUUGGCAUUUACAACAAGUGUGGGGUGCAUCAGGAGAUUUUUGGCAAAGACAGUGGGAGAAAAUAUACAAUUUCUGUGAUGGAAAUGAGUUUGUCAUAGGAGUAAUCGGUGCUAAUUUGCUUGCCUUGGUAGUAUUCUGGACAUUCAAUGCAUUGUUCCUGCUAGUGGAUGUUACAGGGUUUCCACAGAGUGUGCUCAAGUAUAAGAUACAGCCAGAUGCUAACGUCCCUGUGGACCGCAAAAAGCUGAAGAAUGCAGUGCUCACAGUAUUGUUCAACCAGAUGGUGAUUGGACUCCCAGUUUGUGCUCUGUGGUUUGUGGUGAUGAGAUGGAGAGGUUGUCAGUACACGCCUGAAAGUCUUCCAACGUUUCAGUGGGUGCUUCUGGAAUUACUGGUGUUUUCACUGGCGGAGGAGUUUUUCUUUUAUUACUCACACAGGACCUUUCAUCACCCCCGCAUUUACCGCCUGAUCCACAAGCGUCACCAUGAGUGGACUGCCCCCAUAGGGAUCAUAGCACUGUACGCCCACCCCAUUGAACACAUCUUCAGUAACAUGUUACCAGUGUUCAUGGGGCCGACCAUCAUGGGAUCCCACAUGGCCACUUCUUACCUGUGGCUUGUCCUGGCACUGUUGUCAACCACUGUGUCACACUGUGGAUACCACCUGCCCUUCCUACCCUCACCUGAGGCACAUGACUUUCACCACUUCAAGUUCACCAACAACUUUGGAGUUCUUGGUGUUUUGGAUCGUCUUCAUGGCACAGAUAACCAUUUCCGUGCUUCAAAAGCUUACGAGCGCCAUGUUUUGCUCCUCAGCUUGACUCCGAUGAGAGAAACUAUCCCAGAUGUGGUCAAAGGGAAGAAGAUGUGAGGGUGGUUCUCUCUCUUAAAUUUCUACUUUCUUGCUAAAAGAACUAGGUGUCAUUUAGGACAUAUAACUGUAUACAUGUAGCUUCAUUACAAUUCAGCUGACAUCUUUUAGACUUCCUAUUUGUUGUUCAAAACAAGGUAUGUAUAUGCAUACUCUUGUUGGCAAUGAAUGAUUGAACAACGACAGAAUCUCUCUUCCUCUUUGUUUUAUAUUAUGUUAUAUUAUGUUUGAUGCUUCAACACAGUUUGGUGUUUUGGUUUACUUUUUGCACCAUGACACAUAAAGGUUUUCAUUUUUAGUCUCUGAACUGUAAUUGCCAGUACUACAACAUCAACAACAGACACCUAAGAGGAAAAAAUUAUUAUGCAAAAAUACAUACAAAAACAAACACCAAAAACUCAAUAACUUUCAUAAAGAUAAUCCAUUUAUGUUAAUUUCCAAAUUAAACACAAAUUCUUCAGAGGAAGCUCCCUAAUGAAAUAUAAGAAAAAUAAAUUGUAAAGGCUACAAUUGGCAUGUGUGGGUGGAUAUUGUAUGUUUGUCAAAAAGAUUCUGUGACACUGAACCAUUUCUUAUAUGAUUAAGAUGCCAAAUUUUGGUUUCACAUAGGUUUAUCUUAAAAUCAGCACAUUAUGUCGUAUAUUUUUGGCUACAUUUGUUUAGCAUAAUCUUUUAUACGAUUUUUAAAAAUCCAUUACCUGCAAGUAAUUUUAACAUUCUAUUGAAAUGUUGAAAAGGAUUUAAUUUUGAAUCUCAGAAGCUUCUUAUAAAGUUCGUUUGAUAACAAAAUUUUAUCUUUUAUACUUGUGAGUUUGGUUUGAAUUUAUCACAAGAAUUUUUAUGAAGGACUUCAAAUAUAUGAGUUGUCAAAAUCUUUCUCCAUCAAGUGACUUAUCAAAUUAUUUGAAUCAUUAACCAAAUUUUUAUUACAGAAAAAAAUAGGCCAUUUUGUUGCUAUAUCUUUACUGGAAUAAAUGCUAUAAAUGUACUUGUAUAAAAAUGUGUUGGUGUUCACUUCUUUCAUUAAAGUUUAAGCUUAAUUUUCUGAAGUGUGGCCAGUUAUUUCUGCCAAUUACCUUUCACAUGCACUGAACUGGGGAUGUCAGCAGUGGAAUUAAAGAGGAAAAAGAUGAGGACAAAACAUGGUUUUGUUACAUGACCGAUGAAUAUUUGAAGAAUUCAUUUUGGAGCUGUAGUAUUUUCCACUUUUAAGUAUCAAGAAUUGGAAAGAAUCUACGGUAAUGUGACACAUCUGAAGAAUCUUUUUUACUGCGUCUUCAACAUGUUUGAUGCAGUGUUCUGAUGGGUUUACAAAUACAUUUAUUUUGUAACCAUGUCACACGGUUACUCCUCACAACAG